CUGGUAGUUGUAGUUCCGUUAAACAGGGUCGCUUCCGUGUAGCCUACGUUAGGUAGAGGAAUCCGCUCAGCAAAGACAUAUCACAUGUGAAAUUAUUGAUCAGGUAGGACAAACACCUUCUUGUGACGGCUCUGGAACAUUUGGCCCCGUCGACCCGGGUUGUGUGAAUUUAUGGAAACAUGUCAAAGAAACGGGGCAGGAAGCGUAGCAGUGGAGAGCUGAGUGAAGGCUCAGCAUCGACCCUGAGCCCGGACCCGGAGAACCUUUUGGGCCGCAGGAUUCAGCACACUUGGAGGGAAAAGGGCAAUGUGACCAAGUGGAAGGGCACCGUCCUGGAGCGCCUUACUGUCAACAACUCCCUUUACAUGGUCAAAUAUGAUGGCUUUGAUUGCGUUUACGGUAUAGAGCUCUUCAAAGACAACCGGGUGUCCAACCUGCAGGUUUUGGCAGAGAAAGUUGUAAACAAUAAGAUCAAGGUGCCUCCUGGCGCUGAAGAGCUCGUGGGUCGAGCAGUGGAACAUCUGUUCGAGAAGGAGGACGGGGAGAAAAAUGAGUGGCGGGGCAUGGUGCUAUCCAGAGCCCCCAUCAUGACCCACUGGUAUUACAUCACCUACGAGAAGGACCCGGUGCUGUACAUGUACCAGCUGUGGGACGACUACAAGGACGGAGACCUCCGUGUCCUACCAGAAUCAGAGAACAAACACCUGCUGCCAGCAGACAGGAAGCCGGGUGAGGAGCCAGAGAGCCUUGUGGGUAAACAGGUAGAGUAUGUGACGGAUAACGGUCUGAAGAGGACGGGCUUGGUCAUCUACCAGGUCCCCGCAAAGCCCACCGUGUACUACAUAAAAUAUGAUGAUGACGUCCACGUUCACGUCUACGACCUGGUGAAGACCACCUAAGAACUGACUGUCCCCAUUUCAGCUUCUGCUCAUGGCUUUUGUUCGCUCCGGCCUGUCGUUACGUGCUCAAGUGUUAAAGAUGGAAGUUUUUUUUUUGUUUGUUUGCAGCAGGAGGAGAAAUGUCCAACACCAAGAGACCCGAGAUUUUAUUUUUCUUGAUCCUUUGCCUACUUGCUUACUCUGGCAUUACAACACUUCUCACUUUUUUAAAACAUUCAUUUUAGCUGAGAUUUUUCAGUGUAAAUAAGACAUGUCUGAGACCAGCUCCAUGAAAUGGAGUUAGACAUGUGUUUUAGUGAAAUCACACUUUAUCGCAACUCCAAGACUCCAGUUUCUCUCUCUAAUAAACAAAUCAAAUGAAGAAAAUGUAGAGCAAACCAUCUGUGGUUAACUCUGCUUUCAUUUUAUGUAUUUAUUUUCAUGCAGUGCAUCUUGCCAUGCUGCUGGUACCAAAACAAGAACUUGGCUGUGCUUUAUGUCACUUGAGUCGACCUCAGUUGGUUCAUAUUUGGAGUGCUAUUCAUUUAACUAUUGUGCUCAUUUUCUCCAUCCCAGUGAACUCCACUUUCAGUUGAACUGUGAUGGCAUUCAUGAGACCGUGUCUCACGUUGUGAAUAGAAAACAGAGUGAUUGUUUAAAAUAAAAAAGAAAUCAAUGUAUCAUAUCUCUGUUUAGUUUCAUGUUUUCUACACUAUGAUCUUGUAUCAGAAAUACUGGUGUUCAUGUUGGGCUGUUUCAAACUAUUUGUGCUGCACACUAUCUAGUUGGAUUUGGCUACUUACAAUGCUUACUAUUUAACUCUUGUCUUUAUUAUUUGCCAAAAAAAAAAAAACAAGAAUGAAAUACUACUCAAUGUGACCCUGACUGUGUAAAUAUAAUUAAACAUUUUUAUGAACAUAAA